CCUCCCUCCAGCCCCGCCCGGCCCGCGAGCGCGGUUAGACCGUGGGGAAAGCAGCCGCGAGGCCGCCGCCCGCAGUCCCAGACGCUCCGGCGCCGGGACCCAGCACCUCUCUGCACCAUCUCUCGGCUGUGCCCCCACCCGAGUGAGCUUCAGAGUCAGUCUCUACAGGGCUACCCCUGGGACCAUGAAGGACAUCUGAUGUAGACAAGGAGGAUGGAUCCCCUAUCAUUGGAGUUUGACAAGAUGUCCGUGAAGGAAGGAGCCCAGCGCAAGUGGGCGGCGCUGAAGGAGAAGCUGGGGCCGCAGGACUCAGACCCCACGGAGGCCAACCUGGAGAGUGCCGAGCCUGAGCUGUGCAUCCGGCUGCUGCAGAUGCCCUCGGUGGUCAACUACUCGGGCCUGCGCAAGCGCCUGGAGAGCAGCGAUGGCGGCUGGAUGGUGCAGUUCCUGGAGCAGAGCGGCCUGGACCUGCUGCUGGAGGCGCUGGCACGGCUGUCGGGGCGUGGCGUGGCCCGCAUCUCGGAUGCCCUGCUGCAGCUCACCUGCAUCAGCUGCGUGCGUGCAGUCAUGAAUUCGCAGCAGGGCAUCGAGUACAUCCUCAGCAACCAGGGCUACGUGCGCCAGCUCUCGCAGGCCCUGGACACCUCCAAUGUAAUGGUCAAGAAGCAGGUGUUUGAGCUGCUGGCUGCUCUGUGCAUCUAUUCACCCGAGGGCCAUGCACUGACGCUCGAUGCCCUGGACCAUUACAGGACGGUGUGCAGCCAGCAGUACCGCUUCAGCGUCAUCAUAAACGAGCUCUCAGACAGUGACAACGUGCCCUAUGUGGUGACCCUGCUGAGUGUGAUCAACGCCAUCAUUCUGGGUCCUGAGGACCUCCGCACUCGUGCCCAGCUGCGGAGUGAGUUCAUUGGGCUACAGCUGCUGGACAUUCUGACCCGGCUACGCGACUUGGAGGAUGCGGAUCUGCUGAUCCAGCUGGAAGCCUUCGAAGAGGUCAAAGCAGAGGACGAGGAGGAGCUGCAGCGGGUUAGCGACGGGAUUGACAUGAACAGCCACCAGGAAGUCUUUGCCUCCCUGUUCCACAAGGUGAGCUGCUCCCCGGCGUCGGCCCAGCUGCUGUCAGUGCUGCAGGGUCUCUUGCACCUGGAGCCCGCAGGCCGCUCAGGCCAACUGCUCUGGGAGGCCCUGGAGAACCUGGUGAACCGGGCUGUGCUCCUGGCCAGCGACGCCCAGGUUCGCACCCUGGAGGAGGUGGUCGAGCGACUGCUGUCCAUCAAAGGGCGGCCCCGGCCGAGCCCGCUGGAUAAGGCCCACAAGAGUGUCCAGACCAACUUACUCCAGAGUCAGGGCAGUUCCUCCCCAAACAUCACUACUCCCACAGCUGAAAUGGAAGGCCAGCAGUCACGACUGGCUUCUCCCUGCCAACGUGGAGGCAGCAUCCAGAGCUCCAGCACUGACAUAGCUCCACAGCCCGCAGCCCUUGAGCAGUGGAUAGCAGCCUCACCCCUACCUACCCCGCCACUCUCCAGCUCCACCCCUGUGCCCCCUCCACCCCCACCUCCCCUGCCAGGCCCAGGGGUCACAUCUCCCACUCCCCCUCCACCCCCACCCUUGCCACCCCCUUUACCAGGCUCAGGGACCUUGUCACCCCCUCCCCCUCCCCCUUUGCCACCCCAUUUGCCAGGUUCAGGGGUUGUAUCUCUCCCUCCACCCCCACCUCCCCUACCAGGUUCAGGGGCUAUAUCUCCCCCAGCACCUCCGCCACUUCCAUCUCUGCCUGACUCCCACAGGAUCCAGCCCCCGCCCCCACCCCCACUCCCCGGCAUGUGCCCAGUUCCUCCCCCUCCCCCACUACCUAGCGCAGGCCAGGUCCCUCCACCUCCUCCCCUGCCUGGUUUCUCUGUCCCCUCCACGAUGGGCGGUGUGGAGGAGAUCAUUGUGGCCCAGGUCGACUGCGGCCUGGGCUCGGCCUGGGUCCCCAGUCACCGCAGAGUGAACCCACCCACACUGCGAAUGAAGAAGCUGAACUGGCAGAAGUUGCCAUCCAAUGUGGCACGAGAGCGCAACUCCAUGUGGGCCACCCUGAGCAGCCCCUGCACAGCCGAGGUGGAACCUGACUUCUCCAGCAUUGAGCAGCUCUUCUCCUUCCCCUUGGCUAAGCCCAAGGAGCCCUGUGCUGCCCCCGCCAGGAAGGAACCCAAAGAGGUCACUUUUCUGGACUCCAAGAAGAGCCUGAACCUCAACAUCUUCCUGAAGCAAUUUAAAUGUUCCAAUGAAGACGUCACCAGCAUGAUCCGGGCUGGAGACACAAGCAAGUUCGAUGUGGAGGUUCUCAAACAGCUCCUAAAGCUCCUUCCAGAGAAGCACGAGAUUGAGAACCUACGGGCGUUCACUGAGGAGCGAGCCAAAUUGGCCAAUGCUGACCAGUUCUACGUUCUCCUCCUGGACAUUCCCUGCUACCAGCUGCGGGUGGAGUGCAUGAUGCUCUGUGAGGGAACAGCCAUUGUACUGGACAUGGUGCGGCCCAAGGCCCAGCUGAUGCUCACCGCCUGUGAGAGCCUGCUCACCAGCCAGCGGCUGCCUGUCUUCUGUCAGCUGAUCCUCAAAAUUGGGAAUUUCCUCAACUAUGGCAGCCACACAGGAGAUGCAGAUGGUUUCAAGAUUAGCACUUUGCUGAAGCUCACAGAAACCAAGUCCCAGCAGAGUCGCGUGACGCUGCUGCACCACGUGCUGGAGGAAGUGGAGAAGAGCCACCCGGACCUCCUACAGCUGUCCCGGGACCUGGAGCCGCCCUCUCAAGCUGCAGGAAUCAACUUGGAGAUCAUCCACUCAGAGGCCAGUGCCAACCUGAAGACACUUCUAGAAGCGGAGCGGAAAGUGUCCUCUUCAAUCCCUGAGGUGCAGAAGCAGUAUGCUGAGCGCCUCCAGACCAGCAUUGAGGCCUCUCGGGCGCUGGACAAGGUGUUUGAGGCCAUUGAGGAAAAGAAGCUGGAGCUGGCUGACUACCUGUGCGAAGAUCCCCAGAAGCUGUCGCUAGAGGACACGUUCAGCACCAUGAAGACCUUCCGAGACCUCUUCACCCGUGCCCUGAAGGAGAAUAAGGACCGGAAGGAACAGAUGGCCAAAGCGGAGAGGAGAAAACGGCAGUUGGCGGAGGAGGAGGCACGGAGACCGAGGGGCGAGGACGGGAAACCUGUCAGGAAGGGUCCCGGGAAGCAAGAAGAGGUGUGUGUCAUUGAUGCCCUACUGGCCGACAUCAGGAAGGGCUUCCAGCUACGGAAGACAGCCCGUGGCCGGGCAGACGCUGAAGCAAGCGGCAGAGUGGCCCCAGCAGAUCCUCCAAAGGCCGCGGAGCCUGCAGCUGCCAGCCACCCUACCCAGGGCACAAGCCCCACUGCCUCAGAGCCAAGCUCGGAUGCCACAGCUGCUGGCGAGCCCCAGGGCUGGGACCUUGUGGACGCCGUAACCCCCAGUCCCCAGCCCUCCAAGGAGGAAGACGGUCCUCUAGCCCUGGAGAGGCGCUCCUCCUGGUAUGUGGACGCCAGCGACUUCCUGGAUGCUGAAGAUAGCCCGGACGCCCAGCCCUCUGAGGGGGUCUGGCCAGUGACUCUGGGAGCCGGUCAAGCUCUGAAGCCCCUCGAGUUCUCGAGCAAUAAGCCUCCUGGAGUCAAGAGUUCACACCAAGACGCCACGGAUCCUGAAGCCUUGUGGGGUGUCCACCGAUCUGAGGCUGACAGCACCGGUGAGGGACCAGAGGAUGCGGCUGGGCGAGGGCAGAGCACCCGCCUCCCCCACACAGGCCCUGGGGAGGAGGAGGAUGAAGAAGACACAGCUCCAGAGUCUGCACUUGACACGUCCCUGGACAGGUCCUUCUCUGAGGAUGCAGUGACAGAUUCCUCAGGCUCUGGCACCCUCCCCAGGGUCCAAGGCCGGUUCUCAAAGGGGACAAGCAAGCAAAGGAAGAAACGUCCCUCAAGGAACCAAGAAGGGCCUGGGGCCUCGCCCUGCUGUCCUGCUGGUCCCCCGCUUACCCCUGCGGGUCCUACAGGCUCAACCAGCAUCCAGGAGAGAGGAAUUUGUCCCUGAUUCUGAUGAUAUUAAGUCAAAAAGGCUGUGUGUGAUCCAGUGAGGCCUCAGGUCCAGGCCCAAAGCCAAGUGAGUGCGCACAUCACUCAACACAAGCACAUCGGCAGGUGCCGGAUGUGCUGCCUGGAGAGGCUCUUCGGGGCCAGGCUGGGACUGGGCCCCUGAGAAACUCAAAACCCGUGCCUUACCCAGCCAGGAUCCUCGGGAGCCUCGGCCAUUGAUGCUAGGACCUGACCUGGCAUCACCCUGGACCACCUGCACGCUCAUAGCCUCAGCAUCUGCUUUGCAAACCACUACCCACCCCCAAUCGCAUGCACCACAGGGGUGGAAAGGAGCCUCCUGUCUGGCUCUAGGGAGGUGGGUACAGACACCUGCAAGGGGCUGAAACAUCCCCCUCCCCUGCCCCCCCCAUGGCUCAGUUGAGGUUUAGCUGAGUGCUGUUCUCUGCAUCUUUAUUCUGCUAUGGCUGAGUUGGGGUUAGUGAGGGCCCGAGGGCAUGCUUGUGGGAAGUGCUGUGGGGAGGACCUGGCAGGUCGGCCCCAGAAAACAGACAUACAACCAAAAGUUAAUGGGCACGAUGGGUGGUGACCAGACCACCACAGCUGUCAUCGCCCUUGGUGUCUGCCCCUGCUUAGCUGCUCAGGUGUGCACUGUUGAGUCUGCGGGUCAGCAGGGAUUUUAACCAAUAAAGAGCAACCUUGUCUGUCA